CCGGAAGUUUCGACACGCAUGUGCGCUAAAUAAAAAAUUUAAACUUUUAAAAACCGGAGAUGUUUUCUCGAAUAUUAAGAAAAUCUGAGCUUAAUCAAAACAGAAUACUGUGAUAGAGCGUCAAUAAUAAAGACAAUAUGCCUUGGAGAUCGUUGAUGAGGUAUUUGGUGAAUAACGAACAGCUCAUACAAAAGCUGGCUGAGUCGUAUCCUAUUAGACGUGCUGCACAGUUGACUGCUUACUUCUACCACAGAUCGAAAUCUAUAGGAAAUGACCUGAAGGACUCAGGAGCUGCUCAGAAACUACAAGAUGAUGCCAAUUUUUAUGCAAGACAAACUGAGAACAAAUUAAGUAACUUUAAAAAGACAUUUACUCAGGACGUCACAGAGGGAUUUAAAAAAUUGCAAGAUGAUAUAAAAAAGCAGCAGAAAAAAUGAUAUUUUGUACGUAAUAGCGUAAUGAUUUGAUAAAGAAUAUUGUUCAUGUAUUUAUAAUGCUUACUCCUGUUAAAUUGUGAAAGACUGAAUUUGUUAUUUAUACUUGAUAUAAAACCUGUAGGUUAUAUAGUCUUAACCAUAGUACCAUAUACAGUAGUCUGUUGAGUAUUAACUAGUAAAAUAAAUCAUUAAGUAA